CAAACGACCCUAAGUACAGGUAAGUUUGGUUCUUUUUUUCCGAAUAAUUGUCAAACACGACCCUCACCCCCAAACCCUCCUGAUUCUCCACUAUUUACUCUAACUUCUUCCCAACUUUAUCUCUCACUUUCUCUUUCAUUUUCGUCGGAUCAAACCCUUUAUAAUUUCACAGCCUAAGAACACUUCCAUUAGUUAAUGAUCUGUUUUUCCCAUAAGCAAUGACAGCAACAGUUGCAGAAACCUUAAGCCCCAUCAAAACUUCAAUCUGCAACCCAAUUAAACCAACAAGAGUUUGCUUUUCAUACGCAGCUUACGCCAGAAAUGUCGUACAACACCUCAAAUCUUCCAACAUAAUCGUCGAAAAAGGACUUUCCGACGUAGAAUUCUCUUCCAUUGAAUCCAAUUUCAAUUUCACUUUCCCUCCUGAUCUCCGCUCCAUCCUUCAAGAAGGUCUCCCCACUGGCUCUGGAUUUCCCAACUGGCGAUCCUCGUCACAACAACAGCUAGAAAUCCUGAAAAAUCUCCCGAUCUUGAGUUUGUGUAAAGAAGUGAAGAAAAGGAAUUUUUGGAUUGAUUCUUGGGGUGAUAGGCCAUUUGAUAAUGAUCAAGCUGUGGAUAUAGCAAAAGAGUUCUUGAAAGAAGCUGCCCCUGUUCUUGUUCCCAUUUAUCAGCAUUUUUAUAUACCGUGUACGCCGUGUUUGGCUGGGAAUCCUGUGUUUUACGUGCAUGAUGGGGAGGUUAAAUUAUGGAGUUUUGAUAUAUCCGUUUUUUUUCAGCAAGUGGAGUUUCAGAGCAAAGGGAUAAGUUUGAGGAGACCAAGUUUGUUUCAUUUGCUGAAUGCGCCGGCAUGGGCGGCGACGGAGGCGAGGAAGAUUGAGUUCUGGACGGAAAUGACGGAGAUGGCGGCGGCGCAUGGCGGUGGAAAGCACCGGCGGUGGUGGAGUGAGGAUCUUGAAGGGUAUUUAGAGGAUGUGUUUUUGAGGUUGACGGAAGCGGGGUGGAAAGAAAAGGAUGUUAGAGAGAUGAUGAUGGUGGACGGCGGCGGAGACGGCGGUUCCGGUGGCCGGAGGAGACGCAGUGACGCCGGCGUAUUUGUCGACAAGAAAGGGGUGGAAUCGCACGUGAGGUUAUUGUCAAAGAGGUUAUUACGUGCGGGGUGGAGCACGGAAGAUGUGGUGGACUCUCUAGGGUCUCCAGAGGAAAUAUGUCCACAGGAGGAUUCAUGUAUUGAUUUUUAUCAUAAUUCAAGCUAAGGAAUUUGCAACGUCUUACGUCUAGAGCUGUGUAAAGCAUACAGUUUGAUUAGAAUGUUGGUCUGAGAUUCAUUUCUGUUGGGGGUAUAAAUUAGUUGAAGUAAUACACAAUGGAUAGAAAUUAAAGAUUGUUCUUCUCUGCUUCCCUA